UUUUAUUUUUCUUACUGGAUGAAUGGAUACCAACGGCAAAAGUCCCAGUCACUGGCUUAGAGCCGGGACGAUGCACGAAGUGCGGUGAACAAGAAUGAGAUGCAUGAACACUGACUGGCCUUCCUUGGCGACCCGAUCCCUAGUCGACCUCAUUCUAGGUCUUUAGGUCUUUUAGGUCUACCAGGGACCCUGCAAGGGCGGGCAGCAGCCAUUCAGAGCCUAGAGCUGUACGGCCGCUCUGAAUGGAGGAGAUCUGGCAAGGCAACUAGGCGAAGACAAACCAGACGCUUAACACCUCAUGCAAUGAUGAGUUGGCAUUGCCGCUUGAUAUUAAAUCGAGACUGGCUGCUAUGGUCCUGACUCUGUCAGAAGAGUAUUAGGUACGAGUCAAACACGACCACAAUCCACCUGACAGCUAGUACUAGUACCACAGAUAGCGCGACAUCAAUAAGAAACAAUAAUAACAAUAAUAAUACACGCUCAGUUUUGCAUAUGGGAAGUUCAGAAUUGUUGACGACUGAUAUAGCAUGCAUUUGCUCGAUGGAAGGACGAGCGGUCGUGAUGCCAGUUACACUUACCUUACAGGAGGAGUGCGGAGGAGUAGCUGGGUACUUGGUCGUGAUUGAGGUGGCGCAAGGGCGGCGAUUACAGAUCCGAGAGAGAGCAACUGAUCGCCUAACCUAGCACGGCAGAUGAAUACCGGCUUGAUUGAUAGCACGUCAGUCGUGAUAUGAGUACUGUAUUUGCAAAC